GCCGGGAUAGUGGGCGGGGCGCACAGUGGGGGUUGCUGCAUUGCAGCCUUCAUCUGAAAUCUCAUCUCUAACAAUGGCGACUUCCAACCCCGGAGAGAGCGGAGGAGGAGCGGGGCCCGGGGCGCAGGGGCCACACGGCGCUGUCAGCGGCAUGCAGGGCCUUCAGAUAAACUUCUGUGACAAUGGCCAAAGUAAACGGAAAGCACUGAAGUUAAAUUUUGCCAAUCCGGCCUUCAAAACGACAGCAAAAUUCACUCUGAAUCCCACCAUCCAACCCCCCCACCUGAACGUGCCCCUGAACAGCAGUAAAUGUUUAAGCAGUCAGCAGAUCGACCUGCACUUUUUUGGCACACUGCCGAAAAAUAGAGAGCAACUGAGCAUGUGCAUAGCAGGGGUGCAGAAACCAUCCGCCGCUCGGAACCUCGAGACAACGUCCUACCAAAAACAGGAAGUGCGAUUUGGUGGUGGAAGGUCGUACAGCUCCAGCGAGCAGGCCACAAAGAGCAGACUAGCUGGCUUUGUGCACGGGUACGGUCAUGGUGGAACAGAAAAUGACGUUCAAAAAGCAAUUACCACAAGAGAGCGUUUACGAACGCACAGCAUUGAGUCUUCUGGAAAAUUAAAGCUUUCCCCGGAGCAGCAUUGGGACUUCACAGCGGAGGACCUGAAGGACCUCGGCGAGAUUGGGAGAGGAGCGUAUGGAUCGGUCAAUAAAAUGAUGCACAAUCCGAGCGGCCAGAUAAUGGCCGUCAAGAGGAUCCGUUCCACCGUAGAUGAGAAGGAACAGAAGCAGCUGUUGAUGGAUCUGGAUGUGGUGAUGAGAAGCAGCGACUGUCCUUACAUUGUUCAGUUUUAUGGGGCGUUAUUCAGAGAGGGGGAUUGCUGGAUCUGCAUGGAGUUGAUGGCGACUUCCUUUGACAAGUUUUAUAAAUAUGUUUAUAGUUCAUUAGAUGACGUCAUUCCGGAGGAGAUCCUCGGGAAAAUCACCCUCGCUACUGUGAAAGCGUUGAACCACUUAAAAGAAAACUUGAAAAUAAUUCACAGAGACAUCAAACCUUCGAAUAUCCUUCUGGACAGGAAUGGAAAUAUUAAGCUAUGUGACUUUGGCAUCAGCGGGCAGCUUGUGGACUCCAUCGCCAAGACGAGGGAUGCCGGCUGCCGGCCGUACAUGGCGCCGGAGAGAAUCGACCCGAGUGCGUCCCGCCAAGGAUACGACGUGCGUUCCGAUGUCUGGAGUCUCGGCAUCACAUUGUAUGAGUUGGCGACAGGGAGGUUCCCGUACCCCAAAUGGAACAGCGUGUUCGAUCAGUUGACGCAGGUGGUGAAGGGCGACCCUCCGCAGCUCAGCAACUCCGACGAACGCGAAUUCUCCUCCAGUUUCAUCAACUUUGUCAACUUGUGCCUUACGAAGGACGAAUCGAAGAGGCCAAAGUACAGAGAGCUUCUGAAACAUUCUUUCAUCAUGAUGUACGAGGAGCGGAACGUCGAUGUCGCCGGAUACGUCAUUAGAAUUAUGGAUCAGAUGCCGGCCACGCCCAGCUCUCCGAUGUACGUCGAUUGACCCCGCCUCCACCCGCAACGCUAGCAAAUGGCAACGUCAAGGACCGGACGGGCUGGGGGGGCAAACCGGACGGAGAGACGGCGCAGCAUGAACCCGACAUGACUUCCCUCUCCGGCUGCAGUGCAAUAAGAUCAGUGUUUUUGUUUCCUAUCUUUCCAUUGUGUCUGUGCGCUAAAGUCAUAUGUAAAAAAAAAUCGCAUCCCUUUAAUCCCGCCGGUCGCCGGCGCUCGGCUGGCGGACAGACAGAAGCCCACGUUCCGUGCAAACCGCUCCAUGGAACUCGAGUGAGACUGGAAUCAACCAAUAAUAUCUCUGCUGUGACCUCUUCCACCUGAAACCAACGUAAAAAUGGACGCCGACCGCCGCAGAGGAGCGAGACCACGCGCGUCGUACGACCGACCGCUCCGCGGAGGCGGGAAGAGGCGAAAAGAAUAUGAAUUAUAUAAAUAUAUAUAUUUUUAUUAUUUUUAAAUAAAAAAACAAAAAAAAAAUUCUUCACAAAGUGCAAUAGGUUAACCAAUUCUUCGCCAGGCGGUUCUGCCGCCGAUCAGGACUUUUCUUUUCGCCCUUCUGGCAGAGAAUGGGGGUAAUAAAUAUGAAAUUCUCUUCCACUUUAGUUUUAUUUUAUGUUCUCAGAGUGUCCGUUGAAUUUUAUUUUUCUUUUUUAAGAAUCAAAGUAUAGUAAAUAUUUACCAAAAAACACAAAAAUGAUGUUGCAUUGGAAAAAAUCGAACAUUAAAAUAUUAAGAGAUGGAGUAUAA